AUGGUUGAAGAUCUGGGGUCCACCAAACAAUUAGUUCAGGCCUACUACAACGAAGGCAUUGUCCACUUCAAGAGCUGCAAUUUCAAAAAGGCCUUGAAACUCUUUGCUGUUUCCAUCUCCGUAAUCAAGUCCUUAUCCGAAGAAGAGAUUGUUGCAGUCAGAAGACAGUAUGGUUUGUCCACCACCGAGAACUCCUUUACUGUCUACAAUUACUCUCAAAACACCAAUCUUUCCAAGCAAAACAAUAACAAUAACAACAUCAAUAUCAAAAACUUGACAACGACAAAGAUCACCUUCCAACUAGUUCAUCCCAAAUUAUCAAAUCUAUAUUACUACAAGAGCUCCACUUAUCAAAAACUCGGCCAUAUUGACAAAUCGAUUAACGAUAUCAAAAAAUUGCUUUUAAUAGAGCCUUUGUUAUGCAAGGCCUAUUUAAAAUAUUCGACACUUUUAGUAUCUCAAAACGAUUAUCUCUCUUCAUAUAAAGUCCUAAAUUACGCCAUUAACCUCAUCAAUGACUGCAAAAAGACCUACAAUUUUAAUUUGGCCAACAACGUUAACUCCAAUAACAAUAUAAAUGUUCAAAUUUCAGAAAAACUAUUUCAAGAUUUAAAAUCUCAAAGAACUUUCGUCUAUAAUUUGAUUCAGGAGAAUAACAAUAAAAUCAAUGCCACUCAAUUUAAAAGAAAACUAAUAAUUUCAGAUUAUUCUCACAAAAGAUUGAAACUAAAACCAGCUACAAGUAACAAACUUAAAAUUGAUAACAAAUCCCAUAGCAUUGUCCCGAUCAUCUCAUUUGAUCCAGUAGAAAGAUUGCCCAUUCCUAUAAUUUCAAAAAUAUUUAAUCAUUUUCAUUACAAAUUCAUAAUUAGAAAUUGUUUCCUAGUUUCGAAAAAAUGGUACAAUGUUUUAAUUCUUUUUAACCAUUUCUACUCAAAUCUCGAUUUACCUAAAAAUUUCAAUUACAAUCAACUUAAAACCUUAAAUUCCUUUUUAAACAAAAUCUACCAAAGAAUCAAAAUCAAAAAAUCAAUCAACUUUCUUAAAAUUAUCAAACUAAAUUCAAAUGACGAAAAAAAGAUUAUCUUUGCUCUAUUCAAUUUUUACAACUAUUUCCUAACCUCUCUAGAUCUAUCUUUAUUUGAGAUUGAUUUAUUCCAAUUAAUCGAUAUCUUCACAAAAGUCAAAAUCAAAAUUAGAAACAACAAUAAUCAUACCCAAGACAUUUUUCAGACCUUGAAAAAUUUAAGAUUAAAAAUUAACGUCGUGCCGUAUAUGGAAAUACACAUAUUAAGGCUAUUUCCUAAUUUGACCAACUUGGAAAUCAUACCAGUCAAUGGGAUAACUCAUGAGCAAAUAUCCUUUAGUAAUUUUAAAAAGUAUAAAUCAAGUAUAUUACAAUACCAACGAGAUAUUAAUACAACAACAGAUUGUUUGCAAGGGCUUAAAAACAUAUCAAUUCUAUCUAAUUGUAAGAUCUUUUAUGAAAAAUACUUGUUCUCUCUUUACCAGUUAUUCUUGAAUGAAAACCACUUGCCCGAUUUAGAAUCAUUGACUAUAGCUGGUGCAGAUUUUAAAGUUUCGACAAAUCUAUUAACCAAUGAUUUACAUUCAUCAAAUGUCAUAUUACAAAUAUUAGAAAAUAUUCUUAAUACCAAUCAUAAUCACGAUCGUAAUCAUAAUCAUGAUCGUGAUUAUGAUAACAAUAAUGAUGAUAAUAAUGAUAAUAAUAAUAAUGAUAAUAAUAAUAAUGAUAAUAAUAAUAAUGAUAAUAAUAACAAUAAUAAUAAUAAUAAUAAUAAUAAUAAUAAUAAUAAUAAUAAUAAUAAUAAUAAUAAUGAUAAUGAUAAUGAUAAUGAUAAUGAUAACGAAAACGAUAAUGAAAUUCAAGAAGAUAUCCAAUUUAACCCAUUUUUCAAUUUCGGCAGUUUGAAUAUUAAUACCUAUUCAAAUUAUGCCGAAAACUCUAGCGAAGUAAUUGAUUACCUAAGCUCAAACAAAUACCGAAAGAUAUUUCGAAACUUGUUUAAAUUUCCGAAUUUAAAAAGGAUGCAAUUUGAGGGAAACAAAUCAAUAAAUUUAGAAAUUUUCCUAUUUUAUCUUUUUAUUGACAAUGAAAAAAGACCCAAAAAUUUAGAAGUUUUAAUAUUUCGACAAGAACCAUUUGAUAAAUCACUUUCAUUCAGCGCAACCACCACCACCAUCACUACUACUACCACUACUACUCCUACUAUUACUAAUAAUACUCAUGCUAAUGAUAAUCUACAAACUAACGGCAUCUCAAGGCAUAAUGGCAUCUUAAGCCAAAAUGAUAUCGAGAAUAAUAGAGGAUUUAUAAAUGAGCCGCUUAAUUUGGAAAUAAUAUUGAAUUUCACCCAUUAUAAUCUCAAUGAUCUUAAGGUCUUGGAUAUAACAGGAUCCAAUAUCUCAUUUAAAAACUUACUCUUAUUGCUAAAUAAAUCAAAAAGAAAUUUAAGAAAAUUAAUCAUCGGAAAUUGUUCCAAUUUAAUAUUCAAAAGCAAUCCCUUUGGUAGAGAUAAUGAGCGAGAAUACUUUGAUUUCACCAAGUUUUUAAAAAUAAUACCUGAUCUAAGCGAACUAUAUCUAAAUAAAUCAGUUGGGUUCAGUGAUUACACAUUAAAGGUUUUCAGAUCGAGUUUGGUCGAGAUUCGAAAUGAGAAAACUAAAACAAGUGAGGAUGACAAACGCUGUGAUACAACCAAGGAAUCAAAGGUCUUUAGAAAUUUGAGAGUGUUGGACUUGUCACAUAAUUUGAUUAGUGGGUUUGGACUUCUUGAGUUCUUCAGACGCGAAAGCAACACAAAGUACAGCGAAAUCCUCUCGUUGGCAAGCUUGCACUUGAAUGGAAUUGCAAUUGAGCCAGAAACAAUGAAGCUCAUCGCAAAGAGAUAUGCUGCACAGGUUGUGUGCGAUCUCAACUGA